AUAAAGCAGAAGCACAAGCCUAGUCUACCAUCUCCUUUCCAAUCUUACUUCAUCAACAACCCUUCAAAGCCAAUGGCCACCUCCGCCGCCGCCGUCUCCACCUUCCUCGGCACGCGCAUGACCGUCACCACGCCGACCGGUGGGCGAUUCCAGGCCAGAUUUGUUUUUGGCAAAAAAAAGAAGCCGGCGAAGAAGUCCGCCGGAAGCUCAGACCGGCCGCUCUGGUACCCGGGAGCCAAGGCUCCGGAGUACCUAGACGGAACUCUAGUUGGUGACUAUGGCUUCGAUCCUUUUGGUCUGGGAAAGCCGGCGGAGUACUUGCAGUUUGAUCUCGACUCUCUCGACCAGAACCUCGCGAAGAACCUUGCCGGUGAUGUGAUUGGUACCAGAACAGAGACGGCCGAUGUCAAGUCGACGCCUUUCCAGCCGUAUGCGGAGGUUUUCGGACUCCAGCGUUUUCGGGAGUGUGAGCUCAUUCAUGGCCGUUGGGCGAUGCUUGCGACACUGGGCGCACUUGCUGUUGAGGCACUCACCGGCAUCACUUGGCAGGAUGCCGGCAAGGUAGAGCUGGUGGAGGGAUCUUCAUACUUAGGACAACCGCUGCCUUUCUCUAUCACAACCUUGAUAUGGAUCGAGGCGUUGGUGAUCGGAUACAUCGAGUUCCAAAGGAAUGCAGAGCUCGACCCGGAGAAGAGACUUUACCCCGGUGGCCAGUUCUUUGACCCGCUGGGCUUGGCAGCUGACCCAGAGAAGAAGCCCACGCUACAGCUCGCCGAGAUCAAGCAUGCUCGCCUCGCCAUGGUCGGAUUCCUCGGCUUCGCCGUGCAGGCCGCCGUCACCGGCAAAGGUCCGCUCAACAACUGGGCCACCCACCUCAGUGAUCCACUCCACACCACCAUCAUAGACAGUUUCUCCUCCUCUUAGUUAAGUUGUCAGAUAUUCAGUUCUAUAAGUUACAUGUUUAGCUAGCUUCAUGGCUGCUAAAAGCUAAUUUACUUGAGAAUUUUGCCAUGAAGUUCUGCCUUUUGGUCAGCGUCUGAGGAUUUGCGUAUGAAUGUAUAAGUACUUGUGCUGGAGCUGUAUAUUAAAUCUUCGAUUUGGAUGGGUAGUUGAUGGCGUUUGUUCACUGUCUGAA